AGAAUGGAAGUUGAAUUGAAGUUACCUUCAGUACUAAAAGCAUGUCUUGUUGAGGACUGGGACUUGGUAAACAAGCAGAAGCAGUUAUUCCAGCUCCCUGCUGAGAAGAAUAUAGAUUAUAUUCUCGCAAACUAUGUGACUUUCGUGAAAUCACAGGGAAAGUCUGAUAAUAGAGAAUAUUCUGUUGAUGAACUUGUGUAUGGGAUAAGAGAGUAUUUCAACAACAUUCUGAGUACCCAGCUGCUCUGCCAGUUUGAAAAACCACAGUAUGCUGAAAUCCUCCUUGCUUACCCAGAUGUUCCAAUGUCUCAGAUUUAUGGGGCUCCACAUCUCCUGCGAUUAUUUGUGAACAUUGAGACUACAUUGGCCUAUUUGUCUCUUAAUAGCCACAGUCUUAUGUCAGUGUCCAGCUAUAUGCAAGAUUUCCUUAAUUACCUAGCAGAGAAUUCCACUUCUCUGUUUAAUGUGAGCAAUUACAAAGUGGCUUCGGUCGCAUAUUGCUUCAAAGCCCUGUGA